AUGCAACCAGAUGGUGAAAAAACCUUAAUAGGACUGAAGGUAAAGAAAGACCUUCGUGAUUAUAAUGAUGUAGAUAUUGAAAAGAUUUUUGAGCAAUGGGAAGAGAAAGAUGACCCUUUGGAACCAGAUGAAGUGCCAGAGUGGAAAAGAGAACCACCUAAGGUUGAUUUUUCCGCAUUCAACUUUAAUAACCCGGAAGAUGUUUUGAAAGCAUCAAAAAAAGGUAAAUCUUUGAUGGUUUUUGUGAACGUAUAUGGUAAAGAAACUCGCCCGGAAACAGACCAAGUUACAUCUCUAUGGCAAACCAGUUUGAUGAACAACCACAUUUUAGCGGAAAGAUUUAUCAUUGAGGAUAACCGGGCAAUCUUCAUGUUCAAAGAUGGUGCACAAGCUUGGGAUGCUAAAGAUUUUUUGAUUGACCAGGAAUUCUGUGAUUCUGUUACUAUUGAAAAUAAACCCUACUGGGGAAAAUUUAGUCCCAAUAAAAAAGAUGAGCUAUAAAAUGUCCUAAAUCACCUGUCCCGAUUAACUGGUUAAGAUGAACUUUUAAAUAUCAAAGUUUAUUAAUUACAAGAUUGUACACUAAUAUUGAUCGAUGAUUAGAAAGCCGAUGAACGAAAACGCUUUGGACAUUGAUUGGACAUUCGAGUGGGUGAAAUUAAGGAAAGACUUGAAACUUUUGGGUGAAAAAAAAGUUACAAUUUAUUUUUCUAAUGAAAUUGAUUAGUUGAUUGAUGAUAAUCAAUUUAAAUGGUAAAGAUUGGAAGAGGUAAAUUGUAAAUAUUACAUUUGAUUACAUUGUUAUAAAUUAAUAUAUUAAAAUGGUUAAAUGAACUUA